GAGGGGUCAGGGACCGCGCAAGCGCAAUAGCUUCGGGAGCGCUUCCGGGAAAGCGCUGUGGAAAUUUUUUGGUGUAAGUGGGGACGGUGGCCGGGAGGUUGCUGUCCGCCCUCCGCGUUCUGGGCUUGGGGCACCAUGCGCUACAACGAGAAGGAACUGCAGGCGUUGUCCCGGCAGCCGGCCGACUUGGCGGCCGAGCUAGGCAUGCGGGGCCCCAAGAAGGGCAGCGUGGUGAAGCGCAGGCUGGUGAAGCUGGUGGUCAAUUUCCUCUUCUACUUCCGGACUGAUGAGGCCGAGCCUGUCGGAGCCCUGCUAUUGGAGCACUGCAGAGUCACCCACGAAGAGCCCAACGGCUUCUCCAUCAGCUUCAUCGAGGAUCCGGAGAGGAAGUAUCACUUUGAGUGCUGCAGCGAGGAGCAGUGUCAGGAGUGGAUGGGGGCUCUGCGUCGAGCCAGCUACGAGUUCAUGCGCAGGAGCGUCAUCUUCUACAGGAAUGAAAUCCAGAAGAUGACUGGCAAGGACCCCCUGGAACAGUUCGGCAUAUCGGAGGAGGCCCGGUUCCAGCUGAGUGGCUUGAAGGCAUGAGUCUAGGGUUGGGCCUGGGCUCCUCAGCUUGACUCACUGGGGCCUGAAGGAGCCCUCCCCACCCUCGCCGAGCCCUGGGUUUCCUGGCCAAACCUGGAUUUUCGGAGUGAGGUGUUUUGGCUUAAAGACUUCAAUAACCCAAGGCUUGUGAGGGCGGGCAGAGGCUGUCCUGCCUUGGGACCUAUCAGACUAGUCCAGCACCUCUCAGUGCCACAUGCUGCUGCUAGGGGACGAGUGUCUACUCUCAGGAGCUGUGCCUGGCUUCUGGGGCUCGUCCAUCUAGGGCCCGGUGGGUGCCUGAGGCCGGCGCAGCUCUCUCGCCCUGUGCAGGCUGAAUGUAUGAAGCUCGAUAAAGCUGUGAAGGGCGCGGGAGCCGCGCCUCCUGGACUGCUGUGAAUUCUGCUGAGGGCCAGGACCCAGCCAACACCUCUGGACAGAGCUGGAAGUUUCUGCUCUCAAGCUGGCAUGCUUGUUCUGUUCAAAUAAAGGGACAACACACAAACAUUGCUCAACUGAGAGACCCAGGACUGGUUGAGACUUCAGCGCUGGAGGAACCCAAGAACCUUUUGGCAACCUCUGGAAGCAUCCAAACAGCUCUCCUACCUUCCUGCAAAGCCAGCCUUUGCCCUCGAUCACCCGAGGUGCAUUUUUUCCUAAGCACCAUGGACACUGCUCCAGUGUGAGGGCAGUUGUCACCCCAGUCAUGGGACUGAAGGGCCAUGGAGCAGCAGCAUGGACUGACCAGGGGGAUGCGGAGCGUUCUGGCCCUAGGCCAAUGCCACUUGUGUACACUUGAAUAAAUAAAAAGGUUUCCCCCCUCAA